AGAUCGGAACAGGUCCGCCGCCCUCCAACACACACCUCUUCCCCGACGUACUAACCGCAAACGAACACUGUGUCAGAGGCAGAGUCUCGCAGAUCUUACCGGCGAUGGUUCCAUGGAGGAACAGAGAGCAAGCGAAGAAGACGAUCGCGAAGCAGAGGGGAGCAGAAGCUGCCAUGUUAUUGAAUCAUCAUUAAUCCAUUCACUCUGCGUAUAAACGCUUCUGUAUCCAAUAAUCAGAAGCCAAUAAAAGGGGAGGAAGUUAGGGGCGUACCAAUAAACACAAAGCAUGGCCUCCUCUGCAAAAUUGAGCUUCGUUCUCUUCUUCGCCUGUGCUCUGUUCGUCAAUGGAACUAGAGCUACAGAAGACGUGAUCUGCGAGAAAUUACCUCGAUCGCUGUGCGCGUUUGCGGUUUCCUCCUCGGGGAAGAGGUGUGCGCUCGCGUACAACAGCAGUAUCGUCUACGAGUGCAAGACGUCGGAGAUCGCGUCGAACGCAUUGAUCGGACACAUCGAGACCUCUCAGUGCCUACAAUCGUGCGGAAUGGAUCGCCAAUCCGACGGAAUGUCCUCCGAACCGCAGGAGUUCGUUGCUCGCCUCUGCUCCCCUGCCUGCUUCAAUAACUGCCCCAACGUGAUCGACCUCUUCUCAUAUCUCGCCGCAGGAGAAGGGACAUCUUUGCCUGCAAUGUGCACAGUGUUAGCGAUGCCGCCUGUAUCCUCUCGCCGCGCCGCCCUCGGCGUUGUGUCUGCUCCGGCUUCCUCCCCUGCGUAUGUCUAGGCGAUACCUAGAAGAUUCCUUAUGCGCAAAGAGUAAUGGCAGAUUUAUAUGUAUUGGAUUAUAUAUCGA